GGUGCAGGCGAGACCACGCUGCUGCAGCAUAUCCUCAAGAGUGACCAUGGGCUUCGCAUCGCUGUGAUAGUCAAUGACAUGCCAGGGGUCAAUAUCGACGCUGCCACCAUCACACAAACAUAUCGUCUUAACAAGACCCAAGAAAAGGUCACUGCCCUGCAGAAUGGGUUUAUUUGCUGCACUCUUCGUGGAGAUUUGCUUGAUGAGAUCUUCGACCUAUGGAAGCUCCAAAAUUUCGACUACAUUGUCAUCGAAAGCAGCGGCAUCACGGAGCCGGAGGAAGUCGCCGCCUCUUUCGACUCGCGCAACAUUGAGCAGCUAGCGGGAUCGGGUGAGGGAAUCGACGAAAUAACGCUGGAGACUCUACAAGACAUAAGCGAGUGGCUGACGCUCAACAUCACCCGAGAAUUCCACACGGAUGAGCUUGUCUCGCAACGACAGGCCAAUGUCGAGCCCAAUGAUGAGCGUACUGUGUCUGAAUUGAUGAUUGAUCAAAUCGAGUUUGCAGACGUGAUUCUGCUGAACAAGAUCGAUACGGUCGACGAGGAGACAAAGUCCCGCACUACAAAACUUAUCAAACAGCUCAACCACCGAGCGAAAAUCUUGGAAUCAUCUUUCGGGAAAGUCGACUUGCAUGAGAUUCUGAACACCUCUCUGUUCGACCCCGAGGUAGCGAUGACUGGCUAUGGAUGGCUGCAGGAUCUGAAAGCUAUGACUGUGGAAGAAGUCGAGGGCGGGAACGUUGCCACGACGAAUUCCAAGUCCAAGGGGUACCAAGUACAGAGCCUGGUCUAUACAAAGUAUCGGCCUUUCCACCCCAAGCGCCUUUUCACGCUUCUCUAUGACAAGUUCAUCCUGCGGAUGGAAUACCCUGAUGACGAGCAGGAGCAAGACAAAGAGUCACAGAACCAAGGCAUGGAUGUGCACGAAAAUGAGCAGUCUUCAGAGGAAAAUGUUGUCUUGAAGAAGCCAGACUGGACCAAAGAUUUCGAGACACCACCACACCAAGCCAUCCUGGACACUAAGCGCAACCACCCCAUUCUAGGGUCCCUCUAUUGCUCCAAAGGCGAGUUUCUCCUCGCCACGCGGCCAAACCAGGCGGGCGAAUGGUCCUCUGCCGGAUCGAUGCUCACACUGGCCUGCGGGCGACCAUGGUUCUGUACGCUGGACCCAGAGCAGUAUCUCACGGGCGAUCGGCAGGUGGACAGAUUAGUACAAUGGGAUAUUGAGAAAGGGGGAGAAUUGGGCGAUGGUCGUCAGGAGAUUGUGUUUAUCGGUGAAAAGCUGAACCAUGAUGGGAUCAGGGCGCUCCUGGAUGUCUGUCUCCUGACGGUCGAGGAGUAUGAGACCUGGAAAGGGAUUAUGAGGGAUUCUUCUCUGGAUGAGGAGGCCAAGGAGAAUGCUUUGCUUGAUAUUUUCGAAGACGGAUUCCCUGACUGGCCUGGGUUUGAUGAUGACGAGCAUGAGCAUGAUCAUGGCCAUGAUCAUGCUGGUCACGACCACUCUGGCCACCGUCACCCUCACGCGCACCAUGCCAAGUCAGCUACACGCAGUUCGAAUCAGGAGGGCUGA